AUGGGGAAUGGAAACAAGGAAGUGAACUCCGCUCGAUUCAAGCUAGCGGUAGAGACGUUCACUCCUUUCUUCAGAGGUGGAGGAUGGAUUCCUUUGGCUGGUACUCAAUAUCAUUUCAUUUGCGAAAUUCCCAUCUUGGCUUCAUACGAAGUGCGAACGAGCCUCGGGGCUUGGGACGGCAAAUGGUUCUACCUCGUAUCGAAAUUUGUCGUGCCCGCUAACAAGUCGAAGAAGAAACGAAACCUCCUCCGGACACCCUCCUGCGAAGACGAUGUCUCUUCUGGUACCUCCACCCCCGCUUCUGGAUCAUCCGCCACUUCCAACCCUGUCGGUGCUAAAGGCCUCGCUGCACAACUUCUGAAGGCCAAGGCCGAGUCCGCAAAUGGAUCUGCUACCCCCUCCUCCAAACGAGUCGAGCACGACGACUUGGAUAUCGAAGAACCUGAUGGUGCCCAGGUCCACACAAUCGCCAUCUCCCGAUGCUGCUUCAAGGUCGGACGAAUCACCGUGCCGCCCGCGUUGGUGUUUUCAUUGUGCGGUAUGAGCUCGGAAGGCGCGACUUUAUCCUCCACAUCGGUCGUCUCUUCCAAGGACUUCAAGCGCGGCAGCCUCCCGCCCCACUGGUCUGCGGUUCGGGCUACUUGCUCGCCUUCGAACGUGAGCGCAAAAGGCAAGGGGAAGGCCAAGGGCGGGUGGAAGGAGGUGGAGGACCCCAAAGAUAAGUGGUGGGAGCGGGCGUUUGAUAGUGUCAAGGAGGAGAAUGAGUCUCGCCUGAGGAAGUUGGAGGGCAGGGUGUGA